AAUGCGAGUCGUGCAUAGGUGUUCAUUUGUCGUUGUGUGUUAAACGUGUUAACAUUGUCCAGAGGACAACGAUUGUUUGUAAGGUGAAAGUAAAAGCGUGCUGAAGGCCAAAAAUUCGUUCUGCGUGAUAUCAAUAAUGUGAUAUCGCUACAGUGAAGUGUGGUAUUUUGUGUCGUGAAUUGACCUCUGUUUGUACUGAAGCUUACAUUUUACCGGAAAAUUUUCUUGUGUUUAAGGGACCAUGCUCCUUCUGACGUGGAAGCCGCUGUUUGUGUGGAGCACAUUGUGCGUGUCUGCAAUCUUGUGGCAGGACCUACCAAACCUCAGCCACGCUACAAUCCAGUAGAUGAGUGUGUUGCAAAAUAGAGUGUCUUCCCUUGAGCUCGUGAUGUCUCCAAGUUCCUCCACACUUUACCCUCGCCACAUAUUAUCAGACAUUGUGAGGAUGGCCUUGUGCCCAUAUGUGGGAUGGAAGAAACCUGAUCCCGGAGACUGACCCCGGCUUUCUCUCCUUUGCCACGGCAAGAGUUGUCCAGACUGAUAACAGUGUGAUUGUGUGUGACAGAACUGUUAAGUGUGUCUCGUGUUGUGACCAGGACAGCUUGCUUAUUGUAUCACAAUGCCAGGAACUCCUAGCCCACUUAAGCUGGGCUUUCACAGCAACCCAUACAGCCAGGUGAAGGGACCCCACCAGGAACAGGCCACCGAGCUGCUAAAAGGAGCUGAGGACAGUCAGCAUGGGCCCCCACCCCUGCACACUGGCACUGACUACAUCAACCCCGGGGAAGAGGAUCAGAUGGAAGUGCAUGGCUACCGGUGUCAGCCCGUGUUCACAGCCCUAACGUGGCUAUUCAUUGUGCUUACUGGUGGGGUGCUGCGCCUGGUGUUUCACUGGUGGCCACAUUGGAUGCUGUAUGCUACACACAGAAAGUGUUCCCUCAAAUUGGCCGAGAAGGUUCUAGUUGUGGAGCUGUAUCAGAGCAAUCACAGGAGUUUCUAUGUGAAGCCAGUUGAGACCGUUUCCUGCGGCAGCAAUGCACGGAAGGGGGAGGAGCACCCUGUCACGUGGGAUGACCACAUGCUCACUGACAUGAAGGGCAGCACUGAUGCAAAGCUGUCAGUGCAUCUGUCAGGAGGUGUCUUCAAGGAGUUUCCAUCAUUGCGCGUGUUCCGCUGCAAGAAGCUGAGCUAUGUGUGGGACGAGGACCGCGGAGAGUUCCUCAAGUUGUGUGGCCUGGACAGAGAUGUGAGCACAGCAGCAUUGCACCGGCAGCAGGGUCUUUCAGCCCACCAGCAGGCCAUGAGGCGUGUGGUGUAUGGUAGAAAUGAGAUCGUUGUUCCAAUCUAUGGGAUCAUCACUCUCCUCUUCCUGGAGGUGCUGAACCCAUUCUACGUGUUCCAGCUGUUCUCGUUCUGCUUGUGGUUUGCUGAUGACUAUAUAUAUUACGCAUUGGCAAUCCUGGCCAUGUCUAUGUUUGGUAUCGUGAUGGCAAUCUUACAGACUAGGAAAAACCAGCAGAACCUCCGCAGUACAGUGCACUCCUCUGAUGUGGUGACCGUGAUACGUGGUGACACAGGGAAACUGGACCCGAUACCUACAGAGCACCUGGUACCAGGGGAUGUGAUGGUGGUGCCCUCACAUGGCUGUGUGAUGCAUUGUGACGCUGCCCUCCUGACAGGAAAUUGUAUCAUCAACGAGAGCAUGCUGACAGGUGAAAGUGUCCCCGUUACCAAGACACCAUUGCCAAACUCAGACAUUCCAUUUGAUGCCAAGGAGCAUGCUCGUCACAUUCUUUUUUGUGGGACACACGUGAUACAGACGCGAUACUUUGGCAAUGAGCACGUGCUGGCCGUGGUCAUACGGACAGGCUUCUCAACAGCUAAGGGCAGCCUUGUGCGCUCUAUCAUGUACCCCCCACCUGUUGACUUCAAGUUUGAGCAUGACUCGUACAAGUUUGUGGAGCUGCUGGCCUGCAUUGCCAGUAUUGGCUUCAUAUACACCGUGAUCACCAAGCUCAUGCGAGGAAUCAGCACAUCGCAGAUUGUGCUGGAGUCCCUGGACCUCAUAACUAUCGUCGUUCCACCAGCAUUACCAGCAGCCAUGACAGUUGGGCGCUUCUAUGCUCAGAACAGACUUGAGGCGAAGAAUGUGUACUGCAUUAGCCCACGUACUAUCAAUGUGUCAGGCUCAGUUGACUGUGUCUGCUUCGACAAGACGGGAACACUUACAGAGGAUGGGCUGGACAUGUGGGGCAUAGUGCCGGUCGCAGACAGGAAGUUCCAGGUGCCAUUAAAGUGUGUUGACAAGAUGGAUUACAAUGAGGAGUUCCUGGUAGGCAUGGUGACCUGCCACUCACUUACCAUCAUAGACGGAAAGCUAAGUGGUGACCCACUUGACCUGAAGAUGUUUGAGUCUACAGGCUGGUUACUGGAAGAGCCAGAAGUGAAUGACACUUCAAAGUUUGACAUGAUCUUCCCAACAGUGGUGAGGCCCCCCAAUUCAACCAGUGUGCUGCAGGGUGUAGAUGGCAUAGAGCCACCACUGGAGAUCGGCAUUGUUCGACAGUUUCCAUUCUCAUCAAAUCUGCAACGUAUGAGUGUCAUCACGAGAACACUCGGGGCAACGCAGUUCCAGGUGUACUGCAAGGGUUCCCCCGAGAUGAUACUGUCACUGUCCCAGCCAGAUACAGUGCCGACAGACCUAACGUCUGUGCUUGAGGAGUACACACAGGAGGGCUACCGUGUUUUGGCAUUGGCAUACAAAGGGCUGCCUCGUGUAAGCUAUGUGAAGGUGCAGCGCCUCUUGAGGGAGGAUGUGGAGUCGAGUCUCAUAUUUUUGGGACUUAUCAUCAUGGAGAACAGACUGAAGCCAGAAUCCACUGGCAUCAUUGGAAUGCUGCGUAAUGCCAGCAUCAGAACCAUCAUGGUAACAGGUGACAACAUGCUAACUGCAUUGAGCGUAGCACGUGACUGUGGGAUCAUCGCUUUGGGACAACGGGUUGUGGUAGCUCAUGGGCUGUUGGGCCACUCUGGAGAGCCUGCACAACUCCUGUACACCAAUGCCUGCAACAGCAUGCCUCCCUCUCUGGCCGUGCACUGUACUGGUAGGGACCUGGCCAACAGUUCCAGUGCCAUCAGCUUCGACACCCUUGAGUCUGGCACUGUCAGUCCUACUACUGAUGACAGUGUGGCCACGACAGACAGUGGCUACUGCUUUGUGAUGACAGGAAAGACCUGGAUGAUUGCGAAGACUCACUUUCCGGAUACAGUCCCCAGACUCGCAACAAGAGGGGCCGUGUUUGCGAGAAUGAGUCCGGACCACAAGCAGCAGCUGGUUCAGGAGCUGCAGGCCUUAGGAUACUAUGUGGCCAUGUGUGGAGAUGGUGCUAAUGACUGUGGCGCCCUGAAGGCAGCACAUGCGGGAAUUUCACUCUCUGACUCGGAGUCUUCUGUCGCCUCUCCCUUCACUUCCAAAGAGGCGAACAUCUCGUGUGUUCCAAGGGUCAUACGGGAGGGUCGUGCUGCUCUGGUGACAUCUUUUGGCAUCUUUAAAUAUAUGGCAGCAUACUCCCUGACACAGUUUGUGACAGUGAUGAUUUUGUACUCCAUUGACAGCAACCUGACAGACAUUGAAUUCCUCUAUAUUGAUUUGUUUGUCAUCACAGUGUUUGCCUUCUUUUUUGGUCGCACAGAAGCAUAUGAUGGGCCGCUGGUGAAGAAGCCGCCAAUCAUGUCUCUUAUCUCCCUCUCCCCGAUCCUGUCCCUCCUGAUGCAAUUGGCAGUGGUGAUCUUGGUGCAGUGGGUCUCGUUCUACUGGGUGCAACAGAUGCCCUGGUUUGAGCCAUACAAUUCAACUGCUGAAGAUGCUGAGGACAGCAGCAAUGCAUGUUUCGAAAACUAUGCCCUCUUCACGGUCUCUAGCAUGCAGUAUAUAAUCUUGGCAUUAGUAUUCUCUAAGGGGGCACCAUACAGGAAGUCCAUAUUCAGUAACUAUGGGUUCUUGGCAUCGCUGGUGUGCCUUACUGGUUUCACGUUGUACCUCACCUUGGAUCCAGCGGAGUGGCUGCGUGACAGGUUUGAGCUCAUGGUGCCCCCAACAUUGGACUUCCGGCUAAUAAUGGUGAUGCUUGCAUUUGUGAACACUGUAUUGGCAGUGUUUAUAGAGUACUUCAUCAUUGACUACCUGAUGUUCAGAAAGUUGCUGUAUCACUUCCACAACAUAGACAAAUCACACAGGAAGUUCCUGGCCCUGGAACAGUCCCUGCAACACAAUCAGAACUGGCCACCAAUCACAGAAGAAGUUGUUACAGAUGUUCCAUCUAAACAACCACGCAGCCCAGCAGUUGCAAGUGUCUCAACUUUGCAGAAGGAUGUCCCUCACAGAGAGAUGUCUCUGACCCCAUCAGUUCUGGUGCCCCCCAAGAGGCGACACUACAGUGAUUGCUCUGGUGAUCACCUAGCAACAGUCUCCAGAAAUGUGACCCUGCCCCUAUGUCAGACUGCUGACGUGAACAGCACAUCUGUGCCAAAUAUGGACCGGUCUGUGCCAGAUGUUCAGUGAUGCAAGGUGCCGGCUCUUAUAGCCCAGCUCAGAUCAUGUAGGACAUUUCUUAAUUCACUCACCAUUGUGUUUCCAUCUUGAAAAUGACUGUCUUCUGGGAUGUGACGCCGUGUAGUCUGGUACAAAGUAACUGUGUUUCAGAGGAACCUCUUGCCUUCAUUAUCAGGUCAGAAGAAUCCUUGUGCCCUUGAUUGGUAACUUCCUGCCGAGCUAGAGUGUCAUGUUUCAGAAGACUGUAAUACUCAUAUUCCUUGCUGUGAAAACCUCAGAAUUGACAGUCUUAUUUUCUAAAAUUCAGCAGGUUCUUGUGUUUCAAACAGCCAUUUUUCCUUGAGAUUUCCCUGCUCUUAUUUUAUCAGCAUUUCUUUGCUACCUACCUGUAACGUGCCUAUAUAACUAUAGGUGACGGGUGUCCUGUUCACACAUACAGAUACUCUCAUCAACAGAAAGAAACCAAAUCUAUCUCUUGUAUAGUGACGAAAGUGGGGCUCUUAACUUGGGGGGGGGGCGUCAGUGGGGCAGAGUUUUGUGAUUCACUUUGUGGGAAGGUCACCCAUUCUAUAUUUGCAGUAGUGUCACAGUGCUGUGUAGCACUUCUAGUCAUGUUACAGGCCUGUAUGAACAACAGCUAAAUGUAAAUCAGUGCUUAAUGUUGCCUUUGUCAUGUGUUUAUGGCCGCAGUUUCUUCUCUCAGUGAAACUUUCUUGUAAAGCACUGAAUGAUUAUAAUGUGAGGAUUUGCAAGCAAGCUGUUGUGCCCCGUAUUAAGUAACUGCCUCAGAAUUUGCCUGGAUAGACUGGAGAGUCACAGAAACCUCAGGCAUUAAAUACAUUCUCUUCUGCAGUGUUUGAAAGUGUAAUUUAUGUCACUCCCGAAUUAUAUUUAUGUGUAAUUCUUCAUAAGCUACACUGGAAAGAGUGAGACAGCAGAUUGAAAUCCUGAAAUGAAAGAAUGUGGAAGCACCGAAACAUGAUUCAGCUGAAGGGAUAGUAUGACCCUUAAGCUUAGAGAAGUUACUGUCAAAGUGAUGUACAGCAGACAGUUGUUAACAUUAAAAGAGAUUUAAGCAGACUUCAUCAGUUGUAACUUCAAAUAUAAGGACAAAAUACAUUUACAGACCCUCAGACUUUCUUGUGUGGUAGGUAAAACUGAACAAGUAAAUGUGUUAGUAAGUGAUGAAUUCAUGUUAGCAGGAAUCUCACAUCUUUGGUCCAGAUUUCUAUUCAGUUUUGUGUUGAUGUGGAACUUCUGGCAGUUGAACUGUGACAAUAUAUUUGAAGUUUAUUUUAAUCCAGAAACUUUAGACAUUGACUGUUUUGAAGGCCAGCACAUGAAGUUACUCCAUUUUGUGAUCACUGGGGAGUGAAGUACAUAUUCAUAUCAGUGGGAUUAGUGACGGCUUGGAAAUAAACCAAAGUCAUUGCAACUCGUGCACAGGUAAAAAAACAAAAGUGGUUCAGAAUUGUGGCCACAACACUGGGAAUGUAUACAGAUGACUCAACAUGACAGCAGUCAGGAAUAGUCUCUGUCACAUAAUGUUCUAGAAGCAAAGAGUAGAGACAUUAUGAAAGUUUUGCCUGCUGACUUAUCUGUCCACGUGACCAGUAUGUAUGAAGGUCAGUAGCUUCACAUUCAAUUCUGCAACUCGCUGAAGGCCUCCAGUGUAUAAUUGUUAAUAUUUUUUGUCUCGUGGCUGUACUUUCUGUUCUUUUAUCAUAAAUAUUGUGUUUUGAUCUUUUGCCAGUCAAGCAGUGAGACCGAGUUUCAAAUCCUGCUUAGUGUAUGGAUGCAUGUGUUAAGAGGAUUGAAUCCAAAUGCAGUGUUGCUUGGUGUGUUAAGGAGGUACAGAAGAAUUGCUUCUGGUCUGUUCACCUCAUUCAUUAGCACAUUUGUCAGUCAUGUUAGUUAUAUUGUCCAUUUGCACAUGAUGUCAUGGGCUUUGUGCUGAAUAUAGAUAUAUCUCUUGUCGAUAACAGUGCCCACUCAGUCUAAGGGAUGAAUUGUCUUCAAACACUGAAACACUGGGAUCAUGGGUUCGAAUCCCAUUUGAGGCAUGGAUGUUGUGGUUCUGUUGUCUUGUGCAGGUGGCAGCCUUGCAGCGGGCUGAUUCUCGACCCAGGGGUUCCUACCAACUGUCUAUAUGAUUAAGAAACUGUAAAACAGAAGCCAAGGUUCAUCAUGGGCCAUACUGGCCACAGAUUAGUACUAGUACUACUGUGAACAUAUCUGUUAGUAAUAUAUAGAGUAAUUAUGAAGGACAUGGCUGUGAGGAGGCAUUUUGCUGUUUUAUUUCAUUAAUUCUCUCUAACAUGAGAACCUCAUCCAUUUGUAAGACCACUAUUCUUGUAAUGUUUCUGUCGGCAGGAGCAGAAGGCCACUGUUUUAGGGACAGUGAUUUGUCCCUUGUGGGUUUGAAUGUGCCCUGUAGGAUGGACGUCGCAGGAGAGGGCUUGGGUGAGUAGCUGGUGUAUGGUUGGUUGAUUUUCUGGGAUGACACUGUAGUGGGUUCAUAGGUAUCAGUGUUUUGCAGUGACCUGCACCUUCCAGAAGAUUGUAAUCUUGGGAACUGUUAUGUGCAUGUGUGUGCAUUCAUGAACAUUUGUCAACUUUCAAGUGCAUCAUCAUCAUCUUUACAUUUGACCGCAUUCUGAGACAGUUCAGUCCAGUAGUCCAUUUUAAUAUUAUCUGUUCAACACAAGUAGUUGAAAUAGUAGUGUACACAUAUAGUCUCUGCAGGAUGAAAAACUGGUGGGCUUUAUUAGUUGAAAUAAUUGUCUCGUGAUAUGGUUAUGAAUAGACAGAACCAUCAGCCUUUGGUUCCAUGUAACUGCUUGGCAGGUCCUGCCCCAUUUCUCACUGUUUCACUGGCUCGUAAUGUUCUGCAUAUAGUUUGCUAAUGGAACGCACCAAGUGCAGAAUAAUGUAUUUGUUAACUUGCUAUUUAAUAAAGGUGUGGUUUUGUCCAGUGCUUUU